ACAAAGAAAAGAUCAUUGAUUCACUCACAACUUUCAUCUAUUUAUAGUCUUUAACCCAUUUCAGUAUCAUUGAUUCACUCACAAAGAAAAGAUCAUUGAUUCACACACAUUUUCCUUUUUUGUUGUUAAAUAUUCACACACACUUUUUCUUCCAAAGAAAGAAAGAUGCCGAUUAGCCGGAGAGUUCUGACGCCGAUCACCGCCGCUCCGGUUAUCUUAGCCGUCCUUUGCUUCUUCUUUUGGUCAUCAAUCAUCGGGCCGGACAAUUUAAAGGGCACGAAACACGUCCUUCAAGAUGCUAAGACCAUUCCUCUUCCCGUCGAUGGACCAGAGAGCCUAGAGUUCGAUCCACAAGGUGAAGGCCCUUACGUUGGCGUCACCGACGGUCGCAUUCUCAAAUGGCGCGGUGAAGAACUCGGCUGGGUCGAUUUCGCCUACACUUCUCCUCACAGAGAUAACUGUUCGAGUCAUGAGGUAGUACCAAGUUGUGGGAGACCAUUGGGACUUAGCUUCGAGAGGAAAACAGGAGAUUUGUACAUAUGUGAUGGUUACUUUGGGGUCAUGAAGGUCGGACCAGAGGGAGGCCUGGCCGAGUUAGUUGUUGAUGAAGCCGAAGGUCGUAAAGUUAUGUUUGCCAACCAAGGGGAUAUAGACGAAGAGGAAGAUAUUUUCUACUUCAAUGAUAGCAGCGAUACAUACCAUUUCAGGGACGUAUUUUACGUGUCUUUGUCCGGGACAAAGGUUGGAAGAGUAAUUAGAUACGAUAUGAAGAAGAAAGAGGCCAAAGUUAUUAUGGACAAACUUCGUUUACCAAAUGGUCUAGCUCUAAGCAAAAACGGUUCGUUUGUAGUCACAUGCGAGAGUAGUACGAACAUUUGCCAUAGAAUAUGGGUCAAAGGUCCCAAAUCCGGAACCAACGAGGUUUUCGCAACGCUCCCUGGUUCCCCGGACAAUAUCCGGCGUACGCCAACAGGCGAUUUCUGGGUCGCAUUACAUUGCAAAAAGAAUUUGUUCACACGUGCAGUUUUGAUUCACACUUGGGUCGGAAGGUUUUUCAUGAACACGAUGAAGAUGGAGACUGUAAUUCAUUUCAUGAACGGAGGAAAACCUCAUGGAAUUGUCGUGAAACUCUCUGGAGAGACAGGAGAGAUUCUUGAGAUACUUGAGGACAGUGAAGGGAAGACGGUGAAAUAUGUUAGUGAGGCUUAUGAGACAAAAGAUGGAAAGUUAUGGAUCGGAUCUGUGUAUUGGCCGGCCGUUUGGGUUCUUGAUACAUCGGUUUAUGAUUCCAUAUGAGUUAGCCAAAAGACCAAACGCCAAAAUGAAAUAAAUUAUCACUUAGUUGUGUAAUUUGUUUAUUAGCGGGAAUGCAUCUUGUUUUUGUAUCUUCUUGUUUGUUGCGUGAGUGAAUUAUAUAUGAUGUAAACUUGGAUUCUACAAAAUUUUGUUUGAAGUUGAGUAUUUGAAUGUAGUUGUGGGUCGGUAUGGUUUUUUUCAAAUACGGCAUUAUCGAAAAAAGGAAAAUGAAAAUUGUGUCGUGAGACUCGUGG